AUGGGCGUUUCCAAGUCGGAUGCAAUCAUCAUUGUUGGAGGCGGCGCUUUCGGCCUCUCAACGGCCCUUCACCUCUCGCGAAAAGGGUACACGAAUGUCGCGGUGUUCGAGCGAGAUGACCACAUUCCUCCGCGAUACUCUGCUGCCAAUGAUCUGAACAAGAUUGUGCGCGCAGAAUAUGAGGAUCCAUUCUAUACAGAAUUGACAAUUCAAGCAAUCGCGGAGUGGAAGACUCCUCUGUUCGCGCCUCAUUUUCACCAGGCUGGUUUUCUGCACUGCGUAUCUGGCGAUGCCCCCCAGAAAGCGAUCGAUACGCUGAACAGAUUCCGGGCUUCGGCUGAACGCGACGCCCAAAUCAAGCCACAUGUAUCGUCUCUCGAUGGAGAGGCGGACAUUCGUCAGAUUGCUUGGCAGCUCGAUGGUCCCCUCCCGGGCUGGAAUGGAUACUUCAACCGCUUUGAUGGGUAUGCCCAUUCAGCCAACGCGUUGGCGGCAGUCUACCGUGCGACACAAGGCGCCGGGGUGCGAUUUUUCUUGGGCGAGCAAGGGGCCGUGGACGAGAUUGUCUAUGUCAGCACCGUGAAUGGGCGCAACUGCGCAGGCAUCCGAACAAAGAAUGGCCAGUUCCACUCCGCGGCUCUGGUCAUUGUUGCCGCCGGGGCUGGCGCCGGUCGCUUGGUGCCUCAGCUGGGGCAGCAAGUAGUCGCCAAGUCGUGGUCAGUCGCUCACGUCCAUCUCACUGACAACGAGACCUCUCGUCUGCGUGGGAUCCCGGUCACGUACGCCCGCGAUCUGGGAUUCUUCUUUGAGCCGGACCCGAAGACCAAUUUGCUGAAGCUGUGCCCGAUGGGUGGUGGAUACAUCAAUACCGAUCCUAAGACAGGCGUGUCACAUUCACCGGGGACUUUGAGCGAUAGCGCCUUUAUUCCCGAGGAGGACGAAACGCAGAUCAGGAAACUCUUGGCCCACACGCUGCCAUCCCUUGCCGACCGGCCCCUGGUUAAAAGGUCACUUUGCUGGUUCGCCGACACCAAUGACUCCGACUUCAUCAUUGACUAUGUUCCCGACAUGGGUUCGUCACUGAUGCUCCUGUCUGGUGACUCAGGCCACGGGUUCAAAAUGUUCCCGAUCGUGGGUUCCUGGGUGACAGACCUCUUGGAGGCAUCCGACGAUAAACAGUCUUUGGUGCGCUGGCGAUGGAAGCAGCCCAAUGCCAAGGCAGGACAGGACUGGGGAGGUGACGUGAGCUGGCGUCUGGGGGCGUCCAAGGAGUUAUCUUCAAUCAUGCCUCGAAAGGCUUCCAAGUUGUAA